AUGCCAACCGUUGCACACUACGACAUCUACGCCAAAGAGUUAUUUCGAUGCGGGUACGGGUUGCCUCUGUGGUAUCCCGAGCCUGACUCCAAAUAUGGUGAAGUCCUCAUCGGGGACGUCGGGUUCCUGCAGGGCGGUGCAUUCAUCCGUCUGUUCAAUGCUACUCGUCCAGCCGAUGAUGAAGUCAACAACGUCUAUGGCGUACCGGACGAUUUUGAGCGGUUAAUUCUCAAGCCACGGGAUAUAAAUGAGCGCAGCAACGCGAUCAAUGCUGGUGCGGUGUGCAGCAAGACUGUCACCACCGCGAAGGUCGAUGCUGAGGUCGGCGCGGGAGGUUCAUUUCAUUUUAACUGCGUGGACCGCCAGGGAGCAUUCUUAGUUCUAAAGGAAUCCGCGAGUCAGCAGCAGCUCUUACAGCGCAAAAGUCUAUCCACGUACUUGCUGCAUAACAUACCAAUCUGGCAUGUGUUUGCUCAAGACGCCAAAGGCUGUGACAUGGACCUCGCGGCGGAAGAUAUCCUCUUCGUUUCUGGGUGGGUCAAGACAACGGAGUGGGCUCUGGGAGCAUUCACAGGGGGCCAACGUUCGAUCAAAGUUGGGCUUACCGCAGAAGCGAUGGCGCAUGCAGGCGGCUCAUUUUCAUUCUCCCGUGCCCAAGAUAUCGCCAUACCUUGGAGGUAUGGGCCGACAUCCGUCAAUGAUGCUAACGAGUCGCGAGAACAGUCACGGACGCCGGAUCAGUGCAUUUUCUUGCACUACUAUAAAAUGAAACCGCGUUCGAUGUUCCGUCCAAGACAACUCAAGGCGGCUGCAGUUCCCAACAAGCUUGAUGAUGGCCAGGAUGAUGAUUUAGAUGCCACCAUGUUGCCAGUUAAUCAAGAUGCGAAGCAUUCACUCAACGACUCCACAAGCAAUGACGAUCAAGGCGAGAUAGAAUGCAUUCCAGACCUUGACAAGGUACGUUGA